UUUUGCAGUGAAAUUCAAAACAAUUUCUCUAUCGUUUAAAUUUAAUAUUCACGCCCACAUAUGGAAUCAAAAUACGAAACAAAAGAAUUCAAUAUGAGGGGCCUUUUGUCACUUGUUAUGCUGUUAGCUGCAAUGCUUGCAAUAACAAAAGCAUACCGCCCUAUUGUCCAGAGACCGCGACCAGGUCAGUCUGGAUUUCCUAGUUUUCCCGGACAAGGACCUUUUAAUCCAAAGCCACAACCAAGCCGCCGUCUUCGAAGAUCACCGGAAGACAAGAACAAAAUUACUGUUCAUGGACAGAAGGAAGGAGGUUCAACAUCAUACAAUAUAGAUUACGAGCGCAAACUUUACGAAAAUAAAUACGGCAGUAUCGGUGCAAAUGUCGGCGUCAACAAGAAUCCAUAUUCGAAGCCAGAAAGCCAUGUUGGAAUUGGCGGAACCUUCCAUUUUCGUUAAAGUCCCAGAUUACAAUAUACGCCGUCUAGAAUAUAAUUUUUCGGAACUGAAAUUAAUAUGAUAAGGCUCCUAGUUGCACCAAAUAGUAGACAUGUUAUCUUACAUUAUCAAGUGUUGUAAUAAUAAUGUGAAUAAUAAUGUGUUGUAUGUAUAUAUAUAUAUAUAUAUGUAAUUAAUAAUAUUCAGUUCACUACUUAGUAGCCACAAUCAAAAUCAUUCAGACUCAUUUUUCAUAAUUGUUACUGCAUAGA